CUGGAUCAUGAGCGACUCCGGCACCACCAAGACGCUGUACUGCAUCCGCCACGGCGAGUCCACGUUCAACGAGUGGCGCAAGAGCAGCCUCUGGAACUUCUCGUGGAUGUGGGUGCGCGACCCCAUGAUCGUGGACGCGCCGCUCAGCGCCAAGGGCAAUAAGCAGGCAGCGAAGCUCCACGAGCUCAUCAAAUCCAAGCAACUGGAAGAUAAGAUUCAAUUGAUCAUUUCGAGCCCGUUGACACGAGCUAUCGAGACCACCAUCGGAGCCUUCCCGGACGCGAAGAUCCCCAUCAUUGUGGAGCCUUCGUGUCGAGAGAUGCUGGACACGGCCUGUGACAUCGGUCGUGUACCGGCGGAGCUGGCUCAGCAGUUCCUGCCCCAGGUGGACAUCGACUUCUCUCAGUUGGAUCCGUUCUGGUGGCUGGAAAUGGAGAAGUUCCCGCGCACUGGACCGGGCAAUGCACCGCCGGCCAACAUCGUGGAGCCCAAGACAUCGGACGAAGUGUUGCCACUUCGCGAAACCCAGGAGGAGGUAGACGCAAGGAUUCGAGAGUUUGUCGCCAAGCUGGCGGAGCGACCGGAGCAGCACAUUGCAGUGGUUGGCCACUCGUCGUACUUCAAGCGAAUGCUGGCAAUGAACCGCAAGCUCAACAACUGCGAGCUGUACGAAACUUCGCUGGGCGACAUCGUGCUCCGCUUCGGGAAGAAGUAGGAAGUUGGAGGAGACAAACUGUGCAAACAGUGAACCUAAGCUGCUACUCUU